UUAGAUGAAAGCCUUAGAGCUUGACCCUAAUUUAUUCAGAAUUGGCCAAAGUAAAAUAUUCUUCAGAACAGGUGUCCUCGCCCACCUGGAAGAAGAAAGAGACUUAAAGAUAACAGAUAUUAUUAUUGCAUUCCAAGCUCAAAGCCGUGGUUACCUUGCAAGAAAGGCCUUUGCAAAGAGACAACAGCAACUGACCGCUAUGAGAGUAAUUCAGAGAAACUGUGCUGCUUAUUUAAAGUUGAGAAACUGGCAGUGGUGGAGACUGUUCACUAAGGUGAAGCCUCUUCUGCAAGUGACCCGUCAAGAAGAAGAAAUGCAAGCUAAGGAUGAAGAGCUUAAAGUAGUCACUGAGAAAUUCCACAAAACAGAGCUUGAAUUUAAGGAACUACAGAUGAAACAUGUGCAGAUUACAGAAGAGAAGAAUGUCCUCCAAGAGCAGCUUCAAGCUGAAACAGAGCUGUAUGCUGAAGCAGAAGAGAUGAGAAUACGUUUACAGGCUAAGAAGCAAGAAUUGGAGGAGAUUCUUCAUGAAAUGGAAGCGAGGAUAGAAGAAGAAGAAGAACGUGGCCAGCAACUGCAGGCAGAGAAGAAAAAAAUGCUGCAGCAGAUGCAGGACCUGGAAGAGCAGCUGGAGGAAGAGGAAGCAGCCAGACAGAAGCUGCAACUAGAGAAAGUGACUGCAGAGGCCAAGAUCAAGAAACUGGAAGAUGAUGUUCUUUUAAUGGAUGACCACAACAACAAAUUAACUAAGGAAAGAAAGUUGCUUGAAGAGAGAGUGAAUGACCUUACCUCUAACCUGGCAGAAGAAGAAGAAAAGGCAAAGAACCUGACUAAAUUAAAAAACAAACAUGAAUCUAUGAUCUCAGAACUGGAAGUUCGUCUAAAGAAAGAAGAGAAAAGCAGGCAAGAAUUGGAGAAAACGAAGAGAAAGCUGGAAGGUGAAGCAAGUGAUCUCCAUGAACAAAUUGCAGAACUGCAGGCACAGAUUGCUGAACUCAAACAGCAAUUGGCCAAAAAAGAAGAGGAGUUACAGGCUGCCCUUGCCAGACUAGAAGAUGAAAUUGCCCAGAAAAAUAAUGCAUUGAAGAAAAUCCGUGAGUUGGAGGCACACAUCUCAGACCUACAAGAAGACUUGGAGUCAGAAAGAGCAGCGAGAAACAAAGCAGAAAAGCAAAAGAGGGAUUUGGGUGAAGAGCUGGAAGCUUUGAAGACAGAGCUGGAGGACACACUUGACAGCACAGCAACACAGCAAGAACUCAGAGCAAAGAGAGAACAGGAAGUUACUGUUCUGAAGAGAGCAUUGGAAGAGGAAACAAGAUCACAUGAAGCCCAGGUUCAGGAAAUGAGGCAAAAACAUACUCAAGCUGUUGAAGAGCUUACAGAACAACUGGAACAAGUGAAACGGGUUAAAGUUAACUUGGAAAAGAGCAAGCAAGGUUUGGAGAAAGACAAUUCUGAGCUUACAAUUGAGAUUAGAACACUGAACCAGGCCAAACAAGAUGUAGAGCACAAGAAGAAGAAGCUCGAAGUCCAGUUGCAGGAGCUACAGUCUAAAUACACUGACGGAGAACGGGCCAGAAAUGAGCUGACAGAAAAAUCCAAUCGAGUACAGGUAGAACUGGAGAAUGUCACAGUUCUACUUAGUGAAGCAGAGACCAAGUCCAUUAAGCUUUCCAAAGAUGUUGCCAGUUUACAAUCCCAGCUCCAGGAUUCACAGGAGUUACUGCAAGAAGAGACCCGGCAAAAGCUGAAUGUUGCCACCAAGCUUCGUCAAGUAGAAGAUGAGAAAAACACUCUUCAGGAACAACUAGAUGAAGAAACAGAGGCCAAACAGAACCUGGAACGUCACAUCUCAACUCUAAAUGUUCAGCUUUCAGAUUCCAAGAGGAAAUUGCAAGAAUUUACUGCUACAAUAGAAUCUAUGGAAGAAGGUAAGAAGAAAUUCCAGAGAGAUAUUGAGGCCGUGACACAACAGUUUGAGGAAAAAGCUGCUGCUUAUGACAAACUGGAAAAGACCAAGAACCGCCUACAGCAGCAGGAGCUUGAUGACUUAGUAGUUGACUUGGACAAUCAACGUCAACUUGUGUCCAACCUGGAGAAGAAACAGAAGAAGUUUGACCAGAUGCUAGCAGAGGAGAAAAAUAUUUCUUCAAAGUAUGCUGAUGAGAGAGACAGAGCUGAAGCUGAGGCUAGAGAGAAGGAAACCAAAGCACUAUCACUUGCCAGAGCUCUUGAUGAAGCCUUACAAACAAAGGAAGAACUUGAGAGGGUGAACAAAAUGUUGAAGGCAGAAAUGGAGGACUUGGUCAGCUCCAAAGAUGAUGUUGGAAAGAAUGUUCAUGAUUUGGAGAAGUCCAAACGAGGCCUUGAGCAACAGGUUGAAGAGAUGAAGACACAGUUGGAAGAGCUGGAAGAUGAGCUUCAGGCAGCAGAAGAUGCCAAACUUAGACUGGAAGUCAACAUGCAAGCUCUGAAAGCACAGUUUGAAAGAGACUUACAAGGCAGAGAUGAGCAGAAUGAAGAGAAAAGGAGGCAGCUGGUUAAACAGGUACAUGAGUUGGAAACAGAACUGGAAGAUGAGAGGAAACAGAGAACUUUGGCAGCUGCAGCAAAGAAGAAGUUAGACGUUGACCUUAAGGAUCUAGAAGGACAAGUAGACUUUGCCAAUAAAGGUCGGGAUGAAGCUAUCAAACAACUGAGGAAGUUGCAGGCUCAAAUGAAGGACUUCCAAAGAGACCUUGAUGAUGCCCGUGGAGCCAGGGAGGAAAUAUUUGCUACUGCAAGAGAGAAUGAGAAGAAAGCCAAGAGUUUAGAAGCUGAACUUAUCCAACUACAAGAGGAUUUGGCUGCUGCAGAGAGAGCAAGAAAACAAGCAGAGCUGGAGAAAGAGGAACUGGCAGAAGAACUUGCAGGAAGUGCAUCUGGAAAAUCAUCCCUCCAGGAUGACAAGCGCCGUCUGGAAGCCAGAAUUUCUCAGCUGGAGGAGGAGUUGGAAGAGGAACAGGGCAACAUGGAGGGAAUGGGUGACAGAAUGAGGAAAGCAGUGCAGCAGGCGGAACAACUCACAAAUGAAUUGGCAGCUGAACGCAGCACAUCACAGAAGAAUGAGAGCGCACGACAGCAGCUUGAAAGACAAAACAAAGAACUCAAGAGCAAACUACAGGAAAUGGAAGGCUCUGUCAAGUCAAAAUUCAAGUCUAGCAUUACUGCUUUGGAAGCCAAGAUUGCUCAACUUGAAGAACAAUUAGAACAGGAAGCCAGAGACAAACAGACACAGGCAAAAACUUUAAAACAGAAAGACAAAAAGCUUAAAGAGGCUCUUCUACAAGUUGAAGAUGAGAGGAAACAAGCUGAGCAGUACAAGGACCAGGCUGAAAAGGGACUUGUCAAACAGAAGCAACUAAAACGGCAACUUGAGGAGUCUGAGGAAGAAACACAGCGUCUCAAUGCCUCCCGGAGAAAAUUACAGAGAGAGCUGGAUGAGGCAACUGAAAGUAAUGAUGUGCUAACCAGAGAGCUUACUGGGCUCAAGAGCAAACUUAGACGGGGUAAUGAGCCAGCAUCAUUCGCCCCUCCUCGAAGAUCCACAGGGAACAGAAGAGCGGUAGAAAGCGUAGCUGAUGGAACUGAAGAAGAUGCAGAAAUUCGAGACACAGACUACAAUGGAACCAAAGGAAGCGAAUAG